AUGGAGGAAUCAAUCUACGACGAAAUUGAAAUCGAGGACAUGACCUACGACCCCACCCUCCAAAUCUUCCACUACCCUUGUCCCUGUGGCGACCGUUUUGAAAUCGCUAUUGGAGAUCUACGAGAAGGCGAGGAUAUUGCUGUUUGUCCUGGGUGUAGUUUGAUGAUUAGAGUUAUCUUUGAAGUGGAGGAUUUGGAUAAGAAUACUGGAGCUGGAGGGAUGGGAGGGAUGGUUGCUGUUAAGGCUUGA